CUAUUAUAUACUCGGCACCACUGUAUUAUCUUGAGUUUAUAUCCUGUAGUGUGGUUACUAGUUUUAAUAUUCGUAUCCCAAACGGUUGUCGGUUUUAGAUACCUAUAUUAUCUUGCCGUGUUGAUGUGUAAUCGCUAAAUAUCAAAAUAUGAUAAAACUAUAAUUGUAAAUAGUAAUCGUCAUCCGUUUUCGUGUUAGCUACGUCCCCGAAUUUGUACUUGUAGCCUUUUUUUUCUUUCAUUAAUACAUCCGUGAACUACAUUAACAUUUGGCUGCAAGAAGAUACAUCAUGAAUACGAGUGUUUGAAAGUACGCGUAAGACCAAUCUAUCCAGCUGCGCUCGAUAUGCACAAUCCUCUACUGAAUUAAUAUUGAUACGUGGAAGAAUCUAAUUAAAUGGAUUUUUUAAACAAUCUUGAAGGUAUAAUUACUAAAAAUGGAGACAUGGUAACAUUUGUUGCAGAAGACUUAGAAAGUAAACUUAAACAGACCAGUCCAACAACACCUGUCAGACCAUUAGGAAGAUUUGUUUUAGAUGCAAAUUUACUAAACGAACUUGAGUUUGAAGCCAGAAACAUUGCUGCUUCUGUAGACACAUUAACUGAAACUCUUUCAGGAGUAUUACAUAGUAUGUCUGCAUUAACUGUUGAAUAUUUAGAAAUAUACAGAGAUGUUGUUUGUAAAACAUGUGACUCUAUUGAUGCUAAUAUUAAAUCAAUGUAUCAAUUAAUGGCUAAAUGUGAAGAACUUUCUAAAGAAAUGAAACCAAUCUAUAAAUUAGCUCAACAGGUUAAAGAUAUAAAACACAUUUUAGAUUUAUUUGAAAAUGCAGUAAAUUAA